AUGCGUGGUGACAGCAACGCUGCAACUACGCUGCCGUCGUCAGACUUGCCUCGCCAGUCAGACUAUCUCUCUCCACCGGCGUCUCGCAAUGGGUCAUGUGAUACUGCUGGAGUGCCAGCCCGUCCACGUAUGAAUAGCGAUCCGUCAGACGUUCCCAGCGGCAGGUCCUCUACCCUCGAUGGUGAUGAUGCGUCAGCCCUGAGCAUGGAAGCUCGUCGUGGCUCGCCUUCGUCUGCAUUUGCGACUACCGCCGUCGAUAUGGCCGCGCAAGAGGAUCAGCGGUUGCACAAUGUGGGGGUUGCAGCUUUGGCAGCUGUCGCGCAAUAUCCCCGUGCUGUCAACGAUGAGAGCGGUUCUUUCGUUGUCCAUCAGGUCGUUAAUGCUGUGACCGGAGGUACCUCGUCGUUCUAUCGACCCGGUGCCGCGCUCAUGGAAGUGGAAGGAAAUGCCUCGGAUCCUUCGGCCGACAGGAUCUACUCGACGCAGUCUGGCGUGAACAGCUUCCUAUAUACAUCGGAGGAUCAGUCGCUGGAUUCAGAGACAAGUGAGAGUGACAUGGACAUGGAAAGUAUUGUGCAGGACUUGAUUGAGCGCACUGCGACAUGGCAAAACAUCGCGACGAUAGCGGGUCAGAACGACCACAAGGAUAUGGUUAUGGACUAUGACUCUGUUCUGGAGGAGGACAACCCCUCGCCAUCGACCAUUCCCGAUGAUGAUCUAGAUGAUUUACUCCGAUUUUAUCCUGACGAAGAAGAAUACUACCACCAACAUAUCGCCGGGCACUCACCGCACGAGACUGCGAUGCACGAUGUGAAUCUGGAUGAGUUUUACCAAACUAUCAGUUACGAACCGACGAAUCCCACACCACCGCAAGUUCCGGCGGUAGCGCCUGAAUUCCCUCCGGCAGGUCCACUUCCCGUGGACAAUAUACCUGAAGAAGAGCCUGACUGGCAUCCUGCCUCCAUCAUCCACACAACCACAUAUGAGCGAAAUCUCACCAUCGACGAGUUUAUACAACGCUGGAUGGUCCAUUCCAACAUGAUCCCCAACAGCUUCCACUCGGAGAAUCGAGUCCCUCCACAACUGCGUUCUCUAUCCAAAAUGAUGGGCUGGAAACAACCUCUAGAGAUUCGCCGCCCAAGCGGAUUCAAAGGUCGAUUCUAUGAUCUCCAGCAGAUGCCUUGGGCAGAAACACUCAAGGUGAAACGCUCUGAUGCUCGGGGGUUGCGUGAUGUAUGGUACACUUCCUACCAUAACCUUGAUUACUCCCACAAUCUCCUUGCAGAAAGGCUCCCACAGGACGAGAUCUUCUUCCAAGAAAAGUCCAUGCAUACAGAGCACAAGGCGACCGUGGAGCACUUUCAACUGCGCAACUUGAUGUCGGUGCCUGGAUAUAACACCGUCCAUUUUGCCAGUCGGUCCAAGGUCUACUCCUGGACGCCCGACUUCGACGAUAUCCGUUGUCUUAUUGACCUCACCCGUCCCGCCCCGGAGUCCGGCUUCCUCGGCCCGGUCAAGAUCUCCAGUAUGAAAUCAGCGUACGGUCUCACAAUCGCAGGCGGGUUCUGCGGCGAGUAUGCACUACGCGGGACCAGCGGCGAAGGCUCCGGCGCAAAAGGACUAGUCACUCCCGAUUUCAACGAUGGUAUCACCAACCACGUCGACAUCAUCCGCAACCGAUCCGGCAGCUCGCCCAUCUGCGUUUUCGCCUCGAAUGACCGACACCUCCGUGUCCUGGAUUGCGAAACAAACAUCUUCCUCUCCGACCAAGAACUCUCCCGCCCAAUCAACUGCACCGCCACAUCUCCGGACAGCCGUCUCCGCGUUGUCAUCGGUGACUCCCCCGACGCGUGGGUCAUCGAAGCUGACACCGGCCGCCCCGUACACCCGCUCCGCGGCCACCGCGACUUCGGCUUCGCCUGCGCCUGGUCCCCCGACAUGCGACACAUCGCAACAAGCAACCAAGACAAAACAGUCAUCAUCUGGGACGCACGCACCUGGCGCGCCCUCGAAACCAUCGACUCCGACGUCGCGGGCUACCGCUCCCUCCGCUUCUCCCCCGUCGGCGGCGGCCCGCGCACCCUCCUCUGCGCCGAACCCGCCGACCGCAUCUCCAUCAUCGACGCGCAGAUGUACCAGUCGCGCCAGGUACACGAUUUCUUCGGCGAAAUUGGCGGUGCAGACUACGCGCCUGAUGGCGGGGCGAUUUGGGUCGCCAACACGGACCCACAUUUUGGCGGAUUCAUGCAGUUUGAGCGCCGUAAUUGGGGGCAGGCGUUUGGGUUGGCGGAUUUGCCGAAUGAGUGGGUUGGGGAGGGGGAGUUGGACGGGGAUGAGAGGUGUGUUGCUGGGGCGAGGCAGAGAGAGUUGAGGUUUUUGAGGACGUUGGAGGAUGAGGAGUAUGAGAUGUUCAUGUUGUGA